AUGGCUGCCUUAGCAUGUUUCUUGCCAAUAGCAGGCGACAAAGCAGCUUCGUUCUUCACUUGUUUGAAGAAGAAUUCGACGUUUCAAUGGACUGAGGCGUGUGAACAAGCUUUUACUGAAUUGAAAAAAUCAUUAGCAACAUUACCAGUACUAUCCAAACCCACGCCAGGCGUUCCUUUGAUGCUCUACUUGGCAGUUACAGAUAGGGCGGUCAGUACGGUAUUGCUUCAAGAGGGGAAAAAGCAUAAGGUUAUCUAUUUUGUGAGUCAUACUCUGCAAGGUGUUGAAUUGCGAUACCAGAAAAUCGAGAAGGCGGCUUUGGGCGAUUGGUCAGUCGAGUUGUCUGAAUAUGAUAUACAGUAUGAGCCAAGGGGGCAAAUUACAAUCCAAAACUUGAUUGAUUUUGUGGCGGAAUUAACACCCACGGAAGGCGAGAAAACACAAGGAGAGUGGGUCCUGUCUGUUGAUGGAUCCUCCAAUGAUACGGGAAGUGGGGCAGGAAUAACUAUUGAAAGCCCGGACAAGAUGGUCAUCGAGCAAUCUCUGAAAUUCGAGUUUAAGGCGAGCAACAACCAAUCAGAAUACGAAGCAUUAAUCGCUGGUUUAAGGCUCGCCAUUGAAUUAUGCGUUCAGAAAUUGUUCAUCAAAGGCGACUCACAACUGGUUGUUAAGCAGGUAAAAGGAGAGAAUCAGGUGAAGGACCCACAACUUUCCAAAUACCUGGAAGUGGUGCACAGGCUAAUGAUGGAAAUAGAGAAGAUCAGGAUAGAACAUAUUCCAAGAAGCCAAAAUGAAAGGGCGAAUGUGCUAGUAAAAUUGGCCAGUACGGGACGAUUGGGCAAUCAUCAAACAGUCAUCCAGGAAACCCUUCCUCGCCCCAAUAUAGACUUGGUGGAAGUUAAGUUAAAGGCGGUAAAAGCGGUAACGGAAGGCGAGCCUUCGUGGAUGGAAUCAAUCAAAACUUUUCUCCAAAACCUUCCAAAGGAUGAUAAUUUUAACACAAAAGAAAAGCGUAGGGAGGCUAGUUUCUACACACUGGUAGGCGAUGAGUUAUAUCGGCGGGGAAAUAUGUCUCCUAUGCUCAAAUGUGUUGACGUGGGAGAUGCUCAGGGAAUCAUGGCAGAAGUUCAUGAACGAGUGUGUUCUAGUCAUAUAGGAGGGCGAUCAUUGGCAGUAAAGGUAUUGAGAGCAGGAUUUUACUGGCCAACAAUUAAGAAGGACUGCCUGGAAUACGUCAAGAAGUGUGAAAAGUGUCAAGUUUUCUAUUUGGGAAUUGAAAUUUGUGCAGAUUUGGGAAUUGAAAUGCGAUUUGCAUCAGUAGAGCACCCUCAGACAAAUGGGCAGGCAGAAUCAGCCAACAAGGUCAUUUUGAAAGGCUUAAAGAAAAAAUUAUAUGAGGCGAAAGUGGAAAUUGAAAACCGAAGUUGGCGAGUAGCUCGGUUUAAUGAGGACGACAAUGGGGAGAAUUUGAUAGCAAACUUAAUCAUGCUACCUGAGGAACAACGAGAGGCACACUUAAGGAAUGAGGCGGAAAAGGUGAAGUUUGCAAGGAAGUUCGCAACAAAGGUGGUCCCAAGAACCAUGAGGGUAGGAGACUUAGUGCUUCGAAAGAAGACUAUACCUGACAAACAUAACAAACUCUCGCCCAAUUGGGGCGGGCCUUACAGGAUAAUUUGCGAUGUUGGAGGUGGAGCCUAUAAAUUGGAACAACUGAAUGGUUAG